AUGCCGUGUCCCCCACGAGAAAAGUUCCAGAUCGGUUGGAUAUGCGCCCUACCAAUAGAGGUUGCCGCAGCUAAGGAGAUGCUGGAUGAAGGUUUUGGCAUUCUUGAUGUGCAAGAUCCAAGCGACUCAAACACCUAUAUAUUAGGUCGAAUUGGUAAGCACUACGUCGUGAUCGCCUGCCUCCCGGGCGGUCAAUAUGGAACUACGUCAGCCACAACUGUCGCAAACAAUAUGAUUCGCACAUUUUCGAAAUCUCUCCGGAUUGGGUUGAUGGUUGGAGUUGGUGGUGGAAUUCCGUCAGCCGCUCAUGACAUCCGGCUUGGGGAUGUUGUGAUUAGCUACCCAGAGAAUACCUGCGGAGGCGUGAUUCAAUAUGAUAUGGGGAAGGUCGUGGCCGGAGGAGAAUUUCGCCGCACUAGCUCUUUGAACAGCCCUCCUAGGGCCCUUCUUACAGCCGUUAACUUAAUAAGGGCCGCUGAGCUAACGGAUGAUCCUCACUACCCCGAGUAUCUUCUCAAUGCGAUCGGCAGAAACGCACGCACUCGGAAAAGUUUCGACCGACCACAACAGGACCGACUAUUCAAAUUAGAACACUGUCAUCCUACGACUGCGAGUACGUGUGAUGGGUGCCCUAUAGAAUGGGAAGAGAUACGCAGUGAACGCGAGACUAGUGAUCCACAACCGCACUACGGCAUCAUCGCAUCUGGAAAUGCAGUUAUUAAGGAUGGAUCUACACGCGAGCAGCUUAGACAGGACACUGGGGCAUUGUGCUUUGAGAUGGAGGCAGCUGGCUUGAUGAUGGACUUCCCUUGUAUUGUCAUCCGCGGUGUUUGUGAUUACGCCGAUACGCAUAAGAACAAACAGUGGCAAGGAUAUGCGGCCUUGGUAGCGGCAUCGUACGCUAAAGACCUGCUAGGGUAUCUUCCGACGGGCUCUGUGUCGCAAGAGAGCUUAGUGGUAGAUAUCUGCGGUGUGUACAAUCUAUAA